UGCUUUACAAUGGUCUCUGUGCUUAGAUUUGUGCUUCGAUAUACACCCAGUCUGGUUUUGGCAAUCUGGACCCACUUUAAUAAUCAUCAGAAUUUACUUAUCCUCUACAUUUCAAAAGGAAAUGCAUUUCUAAAACGCGAAUGCUGUGAACUUUAAUCGAGAUCAAGCGGGACAUCACAGUGUUUUGCCGACUGAUAUAUGGACUCGAGGUUGAAGUUCGGAUUAAAUUUGCCCCGUUAGUUUGGACCCUGCGCUGAGGGGCGCGGCGGCGGAUGGAUACGAGCUCAUGUGAUGCGGUUACUGUUUGGUUUGACGUGAUACUCCUCUGUUCUCCAAAACUUUUGAACGAUUUAUCGUGUAACCGAUCAGUCUCGACAUCAAAUGAAGAAGAGUGAGACAAUGUUCUACUAAAUUGAAAACGUGAGCUCUUCCACUGCGGUUUACUGCGCUCACAGAAGCUCUUCAGACCGGAUCACCUCAGCACGAUGGAGUUUCAGUUUUUCGCAUCUCUUUCCUGUAUGUGGCAUUUCUUCGAUUCUCAUGCAUUGUACGCAAUUCACCAUUUCAACCGGAAUACAGCAAAUUGCGGCGGCAUAGAUUAUUCCCAGGAAGACUCCCCUCAUUUGCACAGCCGGCUUAAGAGCUCCCUCUUUCCUACUGGCUAACGAAGGCCAAUCAUAGGUGGAGGGAGGAGUCUGCACAGACGUAGGACUAAAUUGAUUGGAUGCCAAAAACUUUUGACGCUUACCCAAACUCAACUUCCACGGAAUCCUCUCCUGGUUCCUCUAUCCCACCUUCACCUCUGGAGCAUGAUGUCCAAAUGCCCUCCGACUUGGAGGUUAUGACCACUCUUCUUAAAGAAGAACUGGCUCAACUGGAGGAUUAUUACCUGUAUGAAUCGGCACCUAUGAAAUUGGAGAAAUGGCAAAAAUGUGACAAAAGCUUGCAAGCUAUGGCUACGCAGUCAUACUAUCAGUUACCCUGCGCUUCGUACAAUGUAAACCAAUCUGAAACUAAUCCCAGGCUGGUUUCCCUAGCAACUGGAGAUCUCGACCUGAGAGGCUUCUGUGGGGGCUCCAUGAGCCGACCGAAAAUGUCUCGACCCGGCCCCUACAGCUAUAUUCGGACACACUGCAACAGCCAAAGAAUGUCAACGAACGGAUGUAAGGAUGUCGAGGUGUUCGAGAAGGAAACGUGGACUUUCAAAGGGACUCAUUCAGGUUACGCAGAGCUGGCUUUUGACCAGAGCUCUGUCGACAAAUCCUUCGGAAAGAGCCACGCGAGUGCAAAGAAGGUUCGAGAAUGUGCCAUACUGUUGAAGGAAGAAGAAAAAAGUUGCUUAAUGGAAGACGUGUUAUACCGAGCCGAGAUGAUGAGAAGUUACGAUCUCGGCGGGUCCCUGGAGCCCCACCACAGGCGGGAGGGCCAGAGCCACGGGAUGAAGAUGUUCGGCCAUGACGGGAUUGCCAUGCCCAUUUUGCAGUGCGCCGAGAGCGAGAGCUGUCCGCCGUAUAAACAAUCUGAAGUAGCCGAGUGCUACUUUCAUCAGAUUACUGCCAAUUUAGAGCCAUAUCACGGCUUCAUGAAUGAAAUCGAUCAGCCAAUCAGAACUGGGGCUGUUGAUAUCCAGAAUAAUGACUACUUGCACCACGAAUGCCUUGGGGAUCAAAGCUUUGAAUGUCUGUCCGGAGACAGUGUUGGGUCCUCUUUGGAGUUGCCCAUCCAGAAACCACUACAAAGGUCACGGGAAAGUCAGUGUGUGUUUAAGCCAGAUGUUAAAGUAGGUUCCUUGGAGAGAAACCAUGGUGAACGCAAGCAGAAGAAGAGAGAUCAGAACAAGUCUGCUGCCCACAGGUACCGUCAGCGUAAGAGGGUGGAGCAGGACUGUUUGGAGGAGGAGCUUCAUGGUUUGGAAGGGCGCAACAGAGAACUUCGGGACAAAGCAGAAUCUGUAGAGAGAGAGAUUCAGUAUGUGAAAGAUCUCCUGAUUGAAGUCUACAAGGCUCGCAGUCAGCGCUUAAAAGAGGAUUCCAGUGCCUAAACCGUCUUUUACCAGCAUUUCACUUAUACCAGGCUCUGACAGCAUGUUUUUAUGCUCUAAAUAGUUAGUAAAAAAAAAAAAAAAAAAAA